UUUAUCUACUUCCGGCCUCUUCCGCAAUUUUCCUUCGUAAAGUGUACAGUUCUCAAAAAGAGCUAAGGCCAAUCCGGCGACUUACACUGUUAUACUUAGGCAUCAAUUAACGAAAUCAGUAGAAGUAAAAACAAUGUCUUCUUCAGACGAACUUGCUUGCGUUUAUGCAGCUUUGAUUCUCGCAGACGAUCAAGUAGCGAUCACAGGGGAGAAAAUCAAUACCAUCUUGAAGGCUGCUGGAGUCUCAGUUGAACCAUACUGGCCUUCCCUGUUUGCUAAGGCUUUGGAUGGUGUCAAUGUUAAGGAGAUGAUCUCCAACAUUUCCAGUGGUGCCGGAGCUGCCCCUGCUGCCGCCCCAGCUGCUGCUGCUGCUGCCCCAGCUGAUGACAAGAAAGCUCCCAAGAAGGAGGAGAAGAAAGAAGAAUCAGAGUCUGAUGAAGACAUGGGAUUUGGUCUGUUCGACUAAAGCAAGACCAAGUUUUUAUAUGUGUAAAAACAAAAAAUCCAAAUUAAAAAAAAAAAGCAAA